ACAGACCAGCCACUGCCGCACAGCUACACGCCAACAGAAAAACUCAUCCACACCACAAAUCCAGUAACUAAAACCGAACCAGAAGAAAAUUGUUUCAAGAAAACAAACCUCUUUCCCAUAAACCUCCAUGGUAAUAGAAUCAGCAUUCACUGCUCUGCUGCCUAAGAACCCACCAGCCUCGCCCACUGCCCAAUGCGUAUCAACUAUAACAAACCCAACAGCAGCCCCCAAACCAGACCGGUCCAUACCAGCAGAAGGACAGCAACCCUCUUCUCUCCAUCUGCAUCGGGUCAAGUUUUCUAACCAUGUUGCAUGAUGUGAAUUAAUUAAUUAAUAGAAUCUCUUAGUUGUGUUUCAUAAAAAAAAAUGUGAUCGCGUAGUAAUUGUACACGAUUUAAAUUUACGAAAAGAAACAAGUAAUGUUGAAAAUGGAUAAAAAGAUUAAGAGAUUUCUCUUCAUUGACUGAGACAGAAGAGACUUAACAAAGAUAUAAUUUCUAGCAGGGGAUCAAAUAUAGCACUAGCCCAAAUCAAUAGAAUUUAUUAUGUUUUUAUGUAGAUGAAUCAAACUUUUUGUAGCUAAAUUCGUUGUUGAGUUCAGUUUCAAUUAAUUCGAAUUAUCUCCUCCCAUUAUGUAGUGUAUAAGGGAUGAUAUAUUUUUUUUAUGAGUGAUGCAAAUCCCCCUUUUUUGGUUGAUCUCCUCCAAUAUUUUUUUUUCCUUUCCACUAAAUGAUAGGAAAAGGACAAAAGGCCAUAACGCGUGCCUGGCCUACACUCCUUGGCUAGGAAAAGCCAUGUAAAGCAAGUCAAUCGAAGGUACAAAAGUGUUGAACCCUCGAGGAAGUUGCCCAAGAAACCGCUUCCAUAGUAAGUUCUUGACAGAAAUUUAAGUAGUAGAUGUUGAGAGACACUGGUGCAGUGUGAGAGAAGAGGAUCAAGGUUGAAGACAGAUUUUGUGAUAAGAAAAUGGCAAUAGAACCCGCCUUCUUUGAUCCUUUUAUUAACAAUGAUGGUUACUUUCCAUCUUUCUUGCAGCAAAAUGAAUCAGAAGAUGAAAUUUUACGUGCUCUGUUAGAUGCUCAAUUUGCUGAAGAAUUACAGUUCCAAGAGGCUCUAAAGGCUUCUUUGAUCAGUUGUCAGAUUCCUAGCAAUGUGCCAUCAUCAACUCCGUCCAAGACCAACAUGGAAGCAAUUUCACCACCGCGAGUGCUAGAAAAGGGUGAACCAUCUCUAAGUUCCUGUGACAUGUGCCUGGAAAGGAAGGAAAAGUAUCAGAUCAUUAAAAAUGAGAGCUCUGGUCUGAUAUUUUGCUUAGGCUGCAGCAAAACUUUGGAACUUUUAGAAAAGGAAUGGUGCAGCCAAGAGUUGAGUAUGGACACGAGUUCUAGAAAUGACACUGGCAAGUCUCUCACUGUUGAUGCCAGUAAUGGUAAUCCGACACCAAAGACUGAAGCUGAAUCAGUAAGUCCUGGUGCAGUGAAAGUUAUCAGUCUCAACUCAGCACCAGAUGAAGGUGAGUUGGGGUUUAAUGAAAGUAAGCAUGUGAAAAUGGCUGAAACCAUUGCCGCAAAACAGCAGGGUCCACAGAAUCCUAAUCCUAAAGCAUGGGGACAUACAGACAUGGAUCAGAAUCAAGCCAUCACAAGUAAUGCUGAUUCUGAGAUGGCAGUUGACAGAGAAAAAGGAGGCUUCCGAACAUGCCCCAGAUAUUUCAAGAGCACUGCUGCACGAUCUCUAGAUAGGUCAUGUGUGGGACAAAUAAGUAACACGCGAGGAGCAGGUAACCCCAGCAGAUCAUACCAAGAAAUGGCUGUGGACCAGAUCAGGAAAACGACUGAGGACAGUCACCAGUUUAUCUGGAUGAACAACAAGGUAGCUGAAGAACAAAGGCACCUAAAACUUCUUGAAGAAUCAAAUGUCAUAAUGAGGGAGAGGCUGGAAAAUGCAAUGAGGGAAAUUGAUGUUUUGAGACAGAAAAUCAAAUUGCAGCAUGAACAGAACAAGGAAGAGAUGGACUUUCAAGAACAAUUUUUCAAGGACCAAAUAAAGAUUAUUCUUGAAAAAAGAGAUAAAGAGAGCCUAGAUGAGGAGGAGCAUGAAAACGUCCAUGAAUCCAAUGAAAGUCCUUGGAAUACAGAGGAUGACAAAUACGGAGUGCAGGAAACUGCCAUGUCCAGAGCCAUGUCCAGAGCCAAGUCCAGAAUGAAUAAAAAGAAAGAGAAGGAAGUAGCUGAGAAAGGAAAGCUAGCAGAGGAACGAGGAGGACAAGAUGAAGGCAAGGAAGAGGAAGAGGUCAGUCUAGGAAAUCUGUAUGUGAAACUCAUGGAGAAUUCUCUUGAAACAGAAGACCCCAGUAAUGUCUAUGAUUCUGUGAUGGAGCAGAAAAGAAGAUUGAGGAGCAUGCGGGCUGAGAGACAAAGGCUUCAGGCUGCAUUAAGGUUGAAGUUUUAAACACCUGUUUCAGCCCAACAGCACCUCCUUUUCGUUGUGAACUAUUCAGCCUUGUUAUCCAUCACCAGUCUGUAAGCAGAACAAUUUCUUUGCAUUUGAGGAGAUUAACAUGCAGAGAAAUGCAAUUUGCCUACCUGCAUUGCUUUAAAUCAAUUAUAUUAUGUUGUGACUAAUUGUGUGGAACGAUAAGUAAUUUGUGGCUACAAUUAUGCCUAGAACUUGUAUCGAAGUUCCCUGAGGAACUGUGACCGUUGCGUUGCGUGUAUUGCUCUUAGAUGUUUGAUUACCACUUAUUGUACACAUGUUUUUGAUUGUGCCUCCA